UAGAGCGUUUGCCUUGUAAGCUAAACUUCGUGAGUUCGAAUCCUUUCUUUACCAUUUUUUUUUUUUUGUUAUGCACAAUUGUGCAUCUUUUUUUAAAAAUAGUAUCUCAUUAUAAAUCUAAAUGUUUACAAAUGACGGAGUUUAUACAUGUACAAAAAAGGUUGUUUACGAUUGUUUUCUUUUUCAAACAUAAUUUUGGUAGAUCUUUGAUGUGUUAUCUAGAUGGAAUACAUGUAACAUACCGUAAUUUAUAAGCUCGGAAAUAUAUUUUUUACAGAUGCCAGGGAUUAGACUUCCCUUCAAUUGUGUAGUCUGUAACAUACGAACAACUCCAAAAAACAGACGUAAAAUCAAUGUACAGCUUAAACAGCAAAUAUUAAAACGCUUUCCAGUUACAGUCAAAGAAACUGAUGUUAUCUGCAAUAAAUGCCGAUUAAAGCACUUCUGCAAAUCGCCACCUGUUUCUUCCUUAAGAUAUGAAGAAGUAAUCAGUGAUCUUAAUAGUGAUGAUGACUUUAAUCCUCCAAUUUCUAAAAGAUGUGCUAUUGCAAGCCCACCGUCUGUAAGGCUGAGCAUUCCAGCUACACCAAAGUCACAUUCAAGGUGCUUUAUCUGUAAAAGGCCGGGACCAAAAUUAAUAGUCGUUCCAGCUGAGGCUAGAUUUUCAGCUUUUGCUGAACAUAACAUUAUAAUUAAGAGUGGGACACGAUGUUGCCCAGUACAUACGGAUGCAAGUAAAUUAAAAGAUGAUGCACUAAAAUCAGCAAACAAGGCAGAAUCAGCUUAUGUAAAUCGCGCUACCGUUCUUGAACUGUUGACAAAACUGAGAGAAGCAUACUGA